UCCGCCGCGUAUCCUGCUUCCGAAACAUUACAUUCCUGGCAUCACGACGUGACCCUCCUCAUCCAGGCAGUCGACUUCCCGACACAACCUGACGUCACAGCGUCGCGCGUUCGUUGUUUUCCCAAAAAUUUUCCUGCCCCCAUUAUCCCGAGGGAAAAUGUUUGACUAGGGUGAAAAUUUUAAGUGGAACGGGAUUGAAUUUGAAAUGUUGGUUUAGAACAAUAAAGUGAUUAGCAGUUUGGGACAGUGAUUUGCAGAUUUUUGAGGAAGGAAAAUGAACAACGACAUAGGAGAGCCCAGCACGGCUCCCUAUCGACUCCAGCUGCCGGACAGUCCAGGAAGUGCUUCAGGAGGAAGCUCCAUUGUGUUUGAAGCAUCGACUCAAACACCAACGUCAGAAGCUCUGGAUUCUCCCCUCUUUUCUACAAAGGGUUAUUCUUUAAGAAAUGCAAGUCACAGCGUCCAUACCUUAGGGAACAUACAAAGGAUGAGACAGCAUGGUCAGUUAUGCGAUGUUGUUUUAAAAAUAGGAAUAGAGAAGUUUAGAGCACACAAAGUGGUUUUAGCUUCAAUUAGUCCAUAUUUCUUUGCAAUGUUUAAUGGUGAGAUGAAAGAGCAAAAUCUAAGCGAAAUAGCCAUUCAUGACAUGGAUGCGACAGCGGUUGAUUUGCUACUGGAUUACACCUAUACGGGACAAAUCACUAUCACUGCCGACAAUGUACAAGUUCUCCUGCCAGCUAGCAGUUUACUACAAAUGCAAGAUGUCCGCGAAGCAUGCUGUCGAUUUUUACUCAGACAACUUCAUCCAACUAAUUGCUUAGGAAUUAGAAGUUUUGCAGAUACUCAUUCGUGCAAGGAGCUUCAUCUCAGAUCCCAUAUUUAUGCUCUACAAAAUUUUCAACAAGUUGUCUCCACUGAAGAAUUUUUAUUACUUCCAUUUGAAGAAGUAAAAGAGCUGAUAUCGAAUAGCCAACUAAACAUCUCUUCAGAAGAAGACGUUUUUACCGCUGUUCUGAACUGGGUUAAGCAUGAUUUGCUUGAACGACAAAAAUAUAUUUCAGCGCUAAUGAUACACGUCAGACUGCCUCUGGUCAAUAGAGAAUUUCUAAUGACAAUAGUCGAUAAUGAGAAAUUAAUAAGAGAUAAUACCGAUUGCAGAGAAUUACUACUAGAAGCAAUGAGAUAUCAUUUAGCACCAGAAAGGAGAUGCACUAUGGCUAAUUUUAGGACGAUGGAAAGAAAACCGAAAGGCGCAGAUCCAUAUAUUUUUGCCAUAGGGGGAGGAUCAUUAUUUGCUAUUCAUUCAGAAUGCGAGGUAUAUAAUCCGAGAUCUGAUACCUGGCAUAGCAUUGCUCCAAUGCUAUGGAGAAGAUCAAGGUCAGGAGUUACUGGUUUAAGAAGAUUGCUUUAUGUAGUUGGUGGAUAUGAUGGUGCAUCAGAUUUGGCUACAGCAGAAUGCUAUAACCCGUUAACAAAUGUGUGGACGGCAAUAACUCCAAUGGGAACAAAACGAUCAUGCCUAGGAAUGAGUUCACUAGAUGGCAUAAUUUACGUAUGUGGGGGAUACGAUGGAGCAUCGUGUCUGAAUUCAAUGGAGAGAUAUGAUCCGUUGACAGGAAUAUGGUGUAGUUGUCCACCUAUGAAUGUUCGGAGAAGGUAUUGUAGAGUAGAAGCAAUUGAAAAUUCGUUGUAUGUCAUUGGUGGAUUCGAUGCUACCAACUAUCAGGCGACAGUGGAGAGGUAUGAUCCUAGAGAAGGAAAGUGGCAGAACAUUCCUUCAAUGUCCCAAAAACGGUCAAGUUGUGGUGUUUCAUCUUUGGAUGGAUAUUUGUAUGUUCUUGGAGGAAAUGAUGGUAAUAUGUGCAUGAAUCAGGCAGAAAGAUUAAACGUGCGAGGAAUGGCAUGGGAAGCGAUGGCACCCAUGAUUAGCAGAAGAGCUACGCACGAAGUCGUCUCAUCAAACGGUCGUAUCUUCGCCUUUGGUGGUACGGAUGGCAGUUCCAGUUUGAAUUCCAUGGAGACAUACGAUCCUAAAUUAAACAAAUGGGUUUUAGUAAAAAGUAUGAGUAUAAGAAGGAGCUCUGUAGGUGGUGCAUCAUUGGACUGCAUCAAUAUGGAGCACGUACUAAGACGUACGGCAAUAAGCUGACCCGAGAAAGAUAAAGAUAAGAAAGAUACUAAUACGCAAACCUAGCAGAAGGAGUUAUGUCGGUGUCAGAACUGUCAUCGAAGAAAACAGUUGCUCGCAGAACAAAAUAAAAAUACUUGAGUGUGUACAAAUAAAAUUCAUGAAAAAUUUUACAAUUUUGGAAUUUAUUAGAAGAGUACGAAGUUUAACAAUAUUAUUUUAAGUCUCACAAAUAUAUCUAGAUAAUUUAAUCGUAAUUACUCAGUAUAUAGACAACUAUUAUAAUAUUGUUAUAAUUUGACACUGAUAAAGAAUUACUACCUCAGGUUAAGCUGCCUGCAAAGACUAAAUAUGCGUAAUUUUUCAUUCAGAAAGUAAAAAUAACAUAACGAAAUUAUAACAUCGUCAAUACAUAAAAUAUAUACAUCAUCAUUAAAUAAAAGAAACAUAAUAAAAUUAUAAAUUAUUUGUAGCAAUAAUUAAGUACUCAUUUGUAAGCUUGUGUGCGCGGUUGGUAUAAACGGUAGUCUAAAAUAUUUUAAUAAUAUUUCUAAUAAAACCUUAAAUAUUUUUUUAUAAUAACUAUAUAUAUGCCUCACUGCCAGUUAGAAAUUGCAUAUUUUAUUUAUACAUGUAUUCUAGUCAAAUAAAAGUAAUUUAAGUAGCUAGUUUUAGUGUGGUGAAAAUCAAAUGGUUAGUUACUGUUUGAUUUGCACAUCUAAAAAGGUGUUGCCUUUGUCGGUUUUGUGACUGAUAAAUACACCAGGUUAAGUUGUUGGCCAUAUUAUACAGGGUGAUUUUUAAGAUGAUACUUUUUUUUAACUGUGUAUAGAACUCGGUAAAAUAAACAUAUUUUUCAAAUAACUUUAUUCAAAAAACCAAAAAAUAAAAAAAAUGCAUUGCCAAAAUGUUAUAAAAUGAGUCCAAUACGGUCCUCUCUAAUUUAAAUAAGUUGUUCAAAGUUGUGACCAUUAACUUCAACACACCGAUUUGCUCGACGUUACCACUGUUCCGUAACGGCACGCAAUAGAGAAAUCGGUUUUUGUCUAACUGUUGCCGCGGCCUGCUCAAUACGUGUCGAUAGGCAUCUUGAAAACUAAACUUUUCAUCUAUCCCCACAAAAAAAGUCACAUGGAUUUAGGUCUGGCGACCUUGGUGGCCAUGCAACUGGUCCAUUUCGGCCAAUCCACCGAUUUGGGUAACUUACAUCUAAAAAUUCGCUCACUUCUCUUCUAAAAUCGGCAGGUGCUCCAUCCUGCAGGAGCCACAUAGCUUGCCUGAUAUUCAGUGGCACGUCUUCUAACGGAACAAGCAGAUUAUUUUGCAAAAAAGUCCAAAUAAACAUCGCCCGUCAAACGGUCUGGUAAGAUAAAUGGUCCAACAAGUAUCCCAUUCACAAUGCUUGCCCACAUAUUAGCAGAAAAGCGGUGUUGAAAAUUGGUUCUGCGAAUUACAUGGGGAUUAUCAACAGACCAAACAUGCGUAUUUCGAAAAUUGUUAAUUCCGUUUCGGGUGAAUAUUGCCUCGUCCAUGGCUAAAAUUUUGUUCGAAAAAUGUUGAUUCACAAAACUGAACUCUGCGGGGGAAGUCUUCAGGCAGUAGCGCUUGGACACGUUGAACGUGAAAGGGAUUAAAUUAAUUCUCGCGCAAUGUUGUCCAUACUUUUGUUUGUCCGACCUGCCCUGCAACAACUCGAGUACUUGUCGUUGGAUCUUCUUCGAUGAGAUUUAAAAUUUGUUCUUCCCUAUGAACAUUUUCAGGUUUCCUUCCUCUUCCUGCAUGCCCUCCACGAUGUUCCCGUAAAUCGCCAGUAUCCCUAGCCCGUUGAAUAACAUUUAUGAAACUUCUGGGUGUAGGAUGAUUCCGCAAAGGAAAACGGUCUGCGUAUAAUACCGAAACAGCAGCAGCACUUUGAAGACUCUCCAUAAAUAAGCAACAUAUCCACAAGUUCAUUGUUUUCAUAACGAUGUGACAUUUUUAGGAUUUGCAAAUUUAAAAUUAACAACAAUAAACCAAAAGUGUCUAAGACUAAUUGAUCGGUACAAUGCGUGAUCGAUAAUACAAAAAUUCAAGCAAAAACUAAACAUAAACAGAUAAACGAUGAAAAACAAACCCAUAUUCACUUUUUUUAUUCUGUAUGUCCCUUGUUUUUAAGUGUAUCGAAAAAAGUUAUUUGAAAAAAAUUUAUAUUUUACCGAGUUCUAUACACAGUUAAAAAAAAAGUAUCAACUUAAAAAUCACCCUGUAGAUCUAAAAUUGUUUGUUAUAGGAGUAUUACUUAUUAUAGGAUAUUUCUGCUUAACUAAGACUUAAAAAAAAUAAGACUUGCUUAAAAUAUAGUAUAAUAAUUAUGGUGUUAUGAUAAUUAAGUUAGUUAUUAUUAGAUUGUGAUAUUUCCUUCUAAACUAUUUCAGAUCUAUGGGUCCACUGAAUUAUUUCUCUGAAUGUA